AUGCUGUCCCCGAGUCAGCAUGUCAUUGAACCUUUCGCCGAGAGCCAGCCUGCGCCGUUGGUUUCAUAUGGACUGCCGUAUGCCCAAGCAUGCCGCCAGUUUAUCGACUCAUAUUGGAAUUGCAAGAGAGUUUAUUUGCUGAUUUCCGCAUCUCUUGCAGAGAAGAGCGAUGUUUUCAAUAGGCUUCAGAAAGCACUGGGGACUAAAAUUGUGGGAGCAAGAAUUGGUUUGAAGCCCCACACGCUGUGGUCAGAAAUCCUUGAAGUGCUAGAUGACAUGCGGCCUCUUGAUGUUGACUGCAUUGUCUCCGUUGGAGCGGGCAGUCUGACGGAUGCAAUCAAAGUCAUAGCUUGGGCACUAGCAAAUGGAGUUUGCGACGAGGACGACCUGGCAAAGUUGGUAGCUUGCGACUCGCCUGGAUAUGCCGAUUUAAAGCUUCCGACCAUCAGGUCGAUUUCCGUACCCACCUCCCUGUCUGGAGGUGAGUAUACUUCUUUCGCAGGUGCUACAAACGACAAGACCCAAAAGAAGCAACUAUUUACUCCGCCUGUUCAGAACCCACAAGUGGUUGUAUUGGAUCCGGAAGUUGCGGCCACUAUGCCGAUGCGCCUAUUUCUAGGCUCGGGAAUUCGGGCAGUAGAUCACUGCGUAGAAACAGUGUGCUCACUUAAAUCCAAUGAAAUGGGCGACCAGAUCUCUAUCAAAGGACUUGAGCUACUGGUUCCAGCCCUCCUGGCCUAUAAGAGAGAUCCAAGCAAUCUCGAAGCAAUUCGGAAUGCGCAGCUCGGAGCCCUCGAGGCUGUCAAGACAUCUAUAUACGUCCCUGAAAAGGGUGGCAGUCAUGCUAUUGGUCACAUGCUUGGGCCACUUGGCGUUGCGCAUGGCGAAACGAGUUGCAUCUUGCUGCCAGCCGUUUGCAGAUACAACGCUCUGAAGGGUGCGAAUGUCCAAAGGCAAGAGAAGUUGACCAAAGCCUUGCUGGCAUCCCCACACAUCCAAUCAUUGCUAUCAAAUGCCAAGAACGACCUUGCAAGCAUCAUUGAAAACCUGGUCAAGGCCUUGGGUUUACCCAGGGCCUUGAAGGAUGUUGGAAUUUCGGGUGACCUUUUUGACAAGCUUGCGGAGAACUCGCUGCUGGACCCAUGGGCGAAGGAGAAUCCUGUUUCACUGGUCAGGAAAGAGCAAAUUCUUGAAAUACUAGAUAUGGUAGCAGACUAA